UUAACACAUUUAAAAAACUCUCUAUACUGUCUGCUGUUGAUUUAAAGGCAUAAUGCACCGAAUUAAUACCAUAAAUAACACAUAAGUAUGAGCUCCUAUACGUGAGAAACUAGAUGUGAGAAAUCCACAUUAAAUACUUUUUCUAAGUCCCAGUAGUUAAUAUAAUGUUAGUAAACGUUAACAGUGCAUCUUUAUAAACUUUCUAGAAGAGUAUAAAUAAACAGGUUUAUAUGAAAGUCUCCACUACGGCUGAACUAAUGAUCAAUCGGCUUUAUUAUGCUUUCGAUUUAUUGUUUUGUCUAUAAAAUAUAAAAAGUCAAUAAUCUAAAAACCCUAAAAAAAGUUCAUGUAUGACACAAGAAAGCUUCUAAUCUGCUCAUUUGAGAGACUGAAACCAGCAAAAGUUUGGCUUUUUUUUUUUGCUUGAGAAAUAGAAAGUUAUAUUAAUAUCCUCAUUAGUGUAGUGAUGAUAAUUACACAGCUGGCCGUCUUUAGAUGUGUUUGUGUUUCGUAGGAAUUUCCAGUGAUGAUCUCAAACAGACAAUCAGCUGAAAAUAGAUGCUGCCUGAAUCUGACUCUCUGUGUGUGUGUGUGUGUGUGUGUGUGUGUGUGUGUGUGUGUGUGUGUGUGUGUGUGUGUGUGUGUGUGUGUGUGUGUGUGUGUGUGUGUGUGUGUGUGUGUGUGUGUGUGUGUGUGUGUGUGUGUGUGUGUGUGUGUGUGUUUUCCAGAACAACAGGACAGCAUGGCCACCACUGUUGCUGUCAGUCCCAGCGAAUACCUUCAGCCCUCCAACGCUGCCACACAAGACACUCAGCCCUCUCCUCUGGCCCUCCUGGCUGCAACCUGCAGUAAAAUCGGCCCCCCUGCUGCUCAGGCUCCUGUCACCUCUCCUCCAGCUCAGCCGCAGCCUCGCAGGCUCCUCCCUAUAAAGCCGGCUCCGAUCGCCCCCGCCCCGCCCAAAAACCUGGGCUUCCUGUCAACCAAGGGCAAUGUGAUCCAGCUCCCCGCCGGUUUGGGCUCCACCGCCCCCGGCAGCCCCAUCGUGCUCACGAUCCAGCAGAGCCCGGCUCGCACCAACACCGCCGCACCUGCCAACAUCCAGUACCAGAUGAUGCCUCAGAUCCAAGGCGCCCAGACCAUCCAGAUGAUGCCUCAAGGGGGUCAGUUCCAGCUCAUACCAGGCACCAACCAGGCCAUCAUCACCACCCCCAUGACGAUGCCGGCGGCUGCCACCGCUCCCAUCACGCCGCAGAAGACAGUCGCCAUUAAACCCUCGCCCAAAAUACGAAAGUCAAACCACACCAACAUGGUUCAGCUCCCCGGGGGGCUCACACUGCCGAUCAACGUGGCCACAGGAGAGAUGGGCGGGACUCAGAUCAUUACGGAGGUGGCGGCGGCAGCUCCCGCUUCAGGAAAGGGACGACGAGGGAGGAAGAAGAAAGUGGUUCUGGCUGCUCAGCCUCCUCCUGCACAGGCGGCCUCUCCCCCCCCGGAACAGAUGGAGACGAUCCUGAUAGAAGCUGGAGACAACAUCAUCCAGGCAGGAAACAACCUGCUGAUCGUGCAGAGUCCCGGGCAGCCAGCCAUGGUGCAGCAGGUCCAGCUGGUCCAACCCAAACACGAGUCUUCGAUGGUUCAGAUCCCCCAGCAGGCCCUGAAGGUGGUGCAGGCCGCCUCCGCCACACUGCCGCAAGUCCCGCAGAGACAGUCGGUGCCCUCCAACCUGCAGGUUUCAGACCCGACACCCACACAGAUCCUCUUCAAAACAGCAUCGGGCGAGUGGCAGUCUGUCCAGAUCCAGGAUACGGUCUCCACGACGACGACUCCCACCACUUCCAUCGUCACCACCACCUCCACCUCCUCCCCGAUGCCCGUCGCCGGCACCAAGAGGACGCUGGCUGGGGGGCGUAAGGAGCGCACUCUGGCUAAAAUUGCACCGGCGGGGGGAAUCAUCGCGUUGAACCCGUCACAGCUCUCGUCGGCGACCCAGGCGGUGCAGACGAUCAGCAUCAACGGGGUCCAGGUUCAGGGGGUUCCCGUCACCAUAACGAACGCAGGAGGCCAGCAGCACCUGACCGUGCAGACGAUGCAGGGGGGGGGGAUCCAGCUGGCGACGGCGCAGGGCCAGUCGGCCAUCCAGGUGGAUCAGACUCUGACUCUGGAGCUUCCCGGCCAGCCGGGAGAGAAGAAGCGACGCAUGGCCUGCACCUGCCCGAACUGUAAAGACGCGGAAAAAAGGCCCGGCGAGGUGGGGAAGAGAAAGCACAUCUGCCACGUCCCAGGCUGUGAGAAGACCUUCAGGAAAACAUCACUGCUCAGAGCUCACGUCCGGCUGCACACCGGCGAGCGGCCCUUCGUCUGCAACUGGGUUUUCUGCGGGAAACGUUUCACGCGUAGCGAUGAGCUGCAGCGGCACGCCAGGACGCAUACAGGAGACAAGCGCUUCGAAUGCAGCCAGUGUCAGAAACGCUUCAUGAGGAGCGACCACCUGACGAAGCAUUACAAGACUCACAUAAACACCAAGAACCUGUGAGCAGACAGACUCUCAUAAACUUAAGACUGUGUUAGAGGAAGGAGGUGCGGAGGAGGAGAGCUUAUACCAAGAUGGAGUGUCUGUGACUUGUCCCAUAGUGGGACAUACUCCAAAAAAAAAGAAGAAAAAAAGUCUGUAUAUCUCUUCUCUCACUCCUCUGGGACACUUCGUAGCGUGGUGUACAAAACAAAUCCUUCCUGGUGGACUUAAAACUGAUCCAGCAAAUGUAUUAAUAAUAGUUUGUUUUUUGUUUUUUUUCUGCUCUGAGCGGAGACCAGCACCAGCUCCGCCUGAAAAGAUGAUGAGAUGAUGGCGUUGAGGCCUCAGACACACAUGCUCGACUCUACUUGCUUAUUUAUGAACUUCUCUGAGGGAAGAUUUCCCCACAGAUGAUUAUUCAGAUGCCAAAACACCCAACACCCAGAGUACUCCAGUCACAGUUUCCCCUUCUUUGUCUUCUAUUUGUUCUUUUUUUAUUCCCUCAACUUCUGAUUGGUUUUACUUGCACACGUUUUAUUUAUAUAUAUAUAUAUAUACAUUUCUUUGUUUGAACGACAGGAGCUCCCAGAAAUUGGCAUCAAAAAAAUUCGACAAAAGAACUGUACAUUUAACAGAAUUCAUUAUUUUACCUCAGUGGAAAGAUAAUUUUGUUUUAAGCUGUUUGUGUUUCAACAGGAGUCUGCCUGAUUUAAAAACUUGUAUACCCAAAAAAGUUGGGGACCAUUAAAUGAAAUUCACUGGACAAAACUUUUUUAAACCUUUUACAUCAGCAAAAUAACAAAAAAGUAUGUAUGUGCUUACCAUACAUAAUAUUAAUAGUUAAUAGACUAUAACAUUUUUCAAUACAAUUGUUAAUUGUUUCACAAACAAUAGGUUAUGUGGAAGAUUUUAACAUACAAAAAAAUGAAACUGACUAAAUGAGACUUCAAACUAGCAGGCUUAAAACAUUUACAGCAGAGAUAAAAAAAAAAAAAGGCUGUAAAAACAUUUUUACAUAUUAAAAUGUAAAUCUACAUUUCCACUAUCUGUAAUCUACAUGUAUGUAAGUUGUAAAGCUUUGUGGGGAAACCGAUCAAGCUGUAAAGAGCGUUGUGAGACCUGGCAUCUCUAAUGGCAAAGUUUCAGAUCCUCAGAACAGCCAAACAGCACCUCAGGCUCAUGAAAAGGGUUUAAUAUGCAGUGAGGGACCAGAACUCACUGUGCCUUUAAAAAAAGUUGUUGUACAAAUUGUUAAAAAAAAACAGAUUUUCCAGACAAAUGGGGAAUGAGUGUGAUUUACAGAAAUUUGCACAAACUUUUGGUAUGUUUAAACCCUUAACAACCCUGAUGGUUGAAAACAAAUCUGACACACAUUUAAACAUGCCCGGAAGGUUUUAAAUAUCGUCUUGGCUCUGAUUGGUGAUGAACGAGACGGUAUUACAGAGGUUUGAGAACUCUUAAAAAGACGAUAUUUGGGCCUUUUUGAAGGGGUGUACUUCCCCUAAUUUUCAUUGGUACAUCAUAUCUUUAUUGUGGUGGAGAAUUAUUAUAUAUUAUCACGAUUGCAGUUGAUGUCACAUUGUGGACACGUAUAAUUGGAGAAUAAUAGUCGGCCUAGGAUUGAACCCUGUUGAUAUAGAGGAUCCAAAACGACUUCCAAAGUAAUCAAUCAAUAUUUUUAAUGAUUAAAACAUGAUGAAAGGCUUCAUUUAGAUCAUGGAGAACAGGAAUGACACCUUCUCAGUAUCUUCAGUUGUUACAAAGGAGAUUUUUAAUAACAUCUCAGUGGAUCAGUCUCUCCAAAGCCUCAGAUGGCCACGUGGCAUUAAUUCAUUGUCCCGAGUAGUUUGUACCAAGAUGAUGAAAGUGAAGUUUAUUUUCAUGUUUUAACUUACCUGAAAUUCUCCACCACAAGUCAAAUACCUGCAGAAACAUUCAGCUUUCAAGAGAAUUUCUUCAUUUACGGUCAGUUGAUGACUGUGGAAAAGGUCUCUUAGUGAAAUGUAAGUAACAAGAGGAGUCGACCAACCCUUGUGUCAAACCCCGCUCACACCUCCCUCCCUUUUCCCCCCCUGCUGGAUUCAAACCAGGCUCCUACACACACAUUCGGUUAUCCUUCUCUGGGAUACCACAACGGGUACGCUUUCUCUUUUUUUAGGGCUGGGUAUCGAAUUUCAAUCCUUUUUUUUUUUUGGGUCGACCGGUACUGAAGUGGGUCCAUAGCUUUGAGUAUUAAAGUCCUUGUCGAAGGUUGGUCAGAUUCAUGCUCUUUAUUUCUUUGUUCUUCAAUUUUAGUUUUUUUGUGAAUGAAAUCCAUUUUUUUUUUAAAACUAGUUUUAAACUAUAACAACAUAACUCAAGCUUCUUUUUGUUAACUAUAAAACUGUUUUUUACCUGUAUAUAUUUUAAGGUAUCGAAAGAAGAAUAAUUCACAUACUGGUACCAGAAGUCAAAUAUGGCAACAGCACCACUAUCCAAACCAUUUUGAAAUGAUACUCAGCCCUACUAUCUAUCAUCCUGUGUACUGAUUUUUUUAAAGACUAACUUCCAGGGUAACUCUGCUAUUCUGCUUUACUCAUGGUUUGCUUUCGGUGAUUUGUCGCCUACGCAUCGCUGUAAAUUGUUUGGCCUGACUUGACAAUCGUGUCACAAGAUGCAAAAACUCGUCUUUUUUUUCUUUUUUUUCUCCCAGCUAUGUGAUAGCUUUAAAUCUAAAUCAACACUUGAGAACAUUUUAAUUAAUGUUUUAUUUGAUAUACAGAUGACCAGCAUUAGGCCUAAUGUACAGUAUUCACACAAGUUACUUAAAACAUACAUAUUUGUGUCUUGAUAUGUCGAUGAUGUACUGACUUAUUUCGCUAACAGGUCAUCAGUCAGUUUGAAGUCUGAACUUGUUUCCUUUUCAUUUAAGAAAUACACCAACUUAUUUUAUUGUCUGAUAAGCCUUUUAGGUCAAAAUUUAAGGUGGCGAACAUCAGGCGGUAGGUAGCAGCUUUACUGUCUGUGUCGAAGGUUUUUUUUGAGUUUUCACUGUGGCGUGUUUUAAAUACUGUGACAUACAUGUGUAAUGAAUGGUGCAGCCUGCUGAAGCAAACAACUGCUUGGCACUUUGACCAAGAACUUAAGUCAAGUCAGAUUUAUUAUUAAAAAAAAGCACUUUUAACCAGUUUUCCCUCAAAGUGCUUCACAAGGGCGAUGAAUUAUUUAGGUGGCCAAUAUUUGGUGUCUUUUUUUUCUUUUUUUUCUCUUUUCAAAAAUGUGUCAGGAGACAUGCGAUGCCAUUUAGGAUGGAUAGACAGAGCCUGCUCAUAUUUAUGUUUGUAUUUUCAUGUUUGAAUAUGUACAUAUACAGUGAGUGUCUGGUAGACACAGUAAAUGUAGGAUAUUAAGAAAAAACAAACUAAAGUUAAGCUGCCUAGUGUUGUGGUUGGUGUGGCCGGCCUCGAAGGAAAUGGACUUUGUACAGUGUGUAAGGAAUAAAAUAUAAUGUGACAUUGUAUAGCUUCAUUCCUGCUUUGUAUAAGACUUCUAGAUCUUUUUUCUAAUGAAUUAAAGAUGCCUUAGACAGCUGCACCCCAGUAUUUAAAUAUUUUUUUCUGUCUACUAAUUCCAGGUUAAAAGGAAACAUUUGUAAAAAAAAAUUCCUUUUUGUGUUUUUAACUUAUGUUACAUGCUAAUGUCAUGUGCACUGAUUAAAAUCCCAGGUUCCAAAUUUGUAAAUUUAAUCUUUGAUUGUAAUUAAAAAUAACAGAUUUUUUUCUUUUCCAAAUUAAGACACUUUUCUGUUGGCUUGGUUUCUGUGAAUUAAAAGCUUCUCCUUCUCUCUCCGAGGCCGAUCUGUCAUACAUACGAUGUUCUUCAGCCGGUUGUUGUGUACAUCAGGAGAACCCAGAGAACCAGCAGUUCAUUUUAUAACUUGUAUUAAUUAAGGUGCUAAAACAUAAAGAGUUUGCUCCUUUUCUACAG